AUGGAACAAUUUGACUUUGUGCGAAAUUGGGGAUUUUGGGGGAAAUUGGAAACUCAGAAAGGAUUUAAAACCCUAAAUUGGAAGCAACCACCUCCACCACCGCAGCACAAUGUUCCAGUUUUGGUGGAAACCACUGAAUCCUCCAAUGCCAUCGCUGUCGCCGUUGUGGACGCCAACACAAUCAUCGAAUCCGGCGAAAAGCUCCACGGCCUCGCCGACAAGUUCAUCUCCAUCCCUGAAGUUAUGGAGGAAAUUCGUGACCCCGUUUCCCGCCACAAACUCUCUUUCCUUCCCUUCUCCAUUCAAACCAUGGAACCCUCCCCGAAAUCCAUCAAUAAAGUUGUCAAAUUUGCUAAGGCUACUGGUGACCUACAAACUCUAUCUGAUGUUGAUAUCAAGCUCAUAGCUCUGACUUACACGUUGGAGGCUCAAAUUCAUGGGACCAAAAAUCUCAGGGAUGCCCCUCCUCCUGUGCAGACAUUGAAUGUGAAGAGGUUUCUUGAGAAGGACAUGCCGGGGUGGGGUUCUAACGUGCCUAAUUUGCAAGAGUAGGAGGCGUUGGAAUAGGCGGAAGACUUUGUGAAUUCCAAUUCGAAAGUCCUUCCUUUGCAGGACCUGAACUUGAACAUUGUUUCUCCUAAUGAUCACUCUGUGGACAGUUUUGUGGAGAGGACGAGUGAUGCUUACAAUGUUCCACACUCAAAACGCACGUUUUGAUUUAGGCAGAAUUGAGUUAUUUAAACGUUGCGUUUUGUGUGUAUCAAUUAUUUACAAUGAAAUUUAAUUAAAAAAUGUGAGAAAAUCAACUCAGCUCAACAUAAA